AUGUUUGACCACUAUGGAUUACGGAAGCCAGAAUUUAGUGUGGUUUUGGCGCAUCUCCUGCCUGUGACUGAGGCUAACAAUAUGAGCCCCCUCCCCCUCGGAUUGGCUUCCCUCUCCGUCUCUGACGCAAAUGCCCCGCCUCUUGGAUUACGCGGGUACCUUGUCGCGAAAUCGACCAUGAAACCCGAUGUCUACCCUUGUCGACUUUGUGUCAUUCCGAGGCAAUUUCCUACCUCAUCUUUACCUUUCCCUCCUUUGCAUCCCAAUCUCAAGGCCAACGUGAAGCAGAGCGGGUACCUUGUCGCGAAAUCGACCAUGAAACCCGAUGACUACCCUUGUCGAAUUUGUGUCAUUCGUCAGGGUGACAUUGACAGGCAAAACUCAUCAAUUCGGUUUUGGGUGCAGGCACUCCACUUCUGUGAUCACUCUCCUCUUUCACUCAACAGCAUAUUAUCGUUGCACUCUGUUCUUAUGGCUGCGACCCGCGAUUCUGAAUACUAUUUCGUUGACGGAAAUGCUGUUUUCGAGGUGGAGUCUAUUUUGUUCAAGGUACAUCGGUCGGUUAUGGCCAGGGGCUCUGGAUUAUCAUUCGGGAAAACUUUCUCGCGCCGCAGCGAUGAUUCGCAGCGGAAUACAGAAGAGAUCGACAUUCACGGCUUCGAUCAGUCUCCCAUCCAUUUGUCGAAAAAUACUACUGUAGACGAAUUCCGAGCUUUGCUUUGGUCUCUUUACGCGCUCCCCAGCGACAUCAUCGGUGCAAUAAAACUGGAAAGCAUUGAUCCAAUCAAGUUCAUCAAUCUCGCUCGGAUUGCUAAGAGAUAUUCUUUCGCCUCAAUCGAAAUAUGGGCUCUCAAAACACUCACCUCGUACCUCGGCGCUGUUCCACUACCGGUCCCUGGGAGUCAGUCUGAGCCUCAAGCAGUCAAGGAACUAUCUUCUGAGAUGUUUGGGGAGUUGACUAAAGUUGCUGCGGUUUGCAGUCACAGUGUGCCGUUCGUUGAGGAGGUCAUGGCGAAGUGGGAGUUGCUUCUAAAUAAUGGGGUCUACUUGAAGACCGCAAUCCGUGUCAGCGAGUCCCAUCCUGAACUCCGCAAUCUCCACGCAUUGGCCUACUAUGCGAUGAUACUGAGAGAGAGAGAUAUGAAACAGAAUCUUUCUCUGAAGCAGCAAAACACCCUAUUAUCCGGGCAUUAUGCACUUUUCAAGCUUUGGCGAGACCAUCUGAAAUCUCCGCCUCAAUUCCAUUCUAUUCAGGAUUGUGAUAUCUCGUCGGAAUGUCGUCGUCACUGGAUGUCCUUUUGGAAUGAACUGAUGGGCAGUAACUCCGCGAUCCCAAUCAUCAACUCCUUGAACCUUCAUCCGCUGGAUUUAUUGGGGAAACUUAAAAUGGCGCAGGAUGCCAUACAGGGCGAUAAUCGAGAACUGGAAAAGGCUUGCCAUUUGACUCAGAAGAUGUUGGAGCGCUGCCGUACAUCCGGAAAGAAAGUCUUGGAAGAGAUGGGAAGAGAAACAAAAUUGAAGCUGCUAGAUUAUUUCAAGUCCCCUGUCAAGUCGUGA